CCAAAAAGAAGUUUGUAAAAAAAUAGGUGAACAUGGCAAUUCUCAAAACAAACGUAACUUUUCCAGUGGAUGAUAUAGCAUAUCUGCCGUCUCCAGGAAGCUGCGUCUGGAACAGUCACACUUUGGAGAAUAACGUGACGUGGCAGCACGAGUGCAACACCUGCGUCUGCAGCGGCGGCAUAGUGAAAUGCACUAAAGUAUGGUGCGGCCUCGGAAACUGCAGAACCACCAAUCAGCAGCAGAAUACCAUGUGCACUCUCAAUCAAGUGUGUGUUCCUGCUUCGGGAGAAUCGUGCUUGUCUCCUCCAUGUUUGCCGUAUGGGGAAUGCAGGGAACUGGAAAGCGGGCGGCGCGUGAAAGCGCCAGUGCUCCCAAGUCCUAGUUCCUGUUGGCCCAAUCAGGCGACUUUGAGCAAUACCUGCGCUCGUCUCACUCUACUCGUCGACAAAGUGAAACUUCCCCAAGGAACUACAGUGGAAGGUCUAUGUGGGGACCUCAGGGGCCUUUUAGCCAACCAGCAAGCUAUUGAAGGGCUUCAAAAUCACUUGGUGCUACUUUGCGAUUUAAAAACCGACUACAAUGACACCGUCGAAGUAACUCUGUUCGGAAACCAGUGGGUUCUGGAUGGAAUUCGCGUAGUCGGAGAGGCGAUUUCAAGGAAACAAACUUCCCUACUAGCAUUGGCUUCGAUUGUGGAAGUCAAAGUGGAAACAGCCCUGGUGUCUGGCGAGCAACAAAGCAACAAGCUACUGGUGGCUUUGGUGUGCUUCAUCAUAAUCGGAGUGGCAACGGCCAUUCUAGCUGGGGUUCUCUACUUGAGGCAGCGAAGGCGGAACCUGGGAAUGAGCGGCGUCAAUUUGUCACCGUCCACCGAAACGUGCCACCGUAAUCAUGAAGAUGAAAAGUCGAAUAAUUUGCAAAACGAAGAAAAUCUGAAAAGAUAUGCGAAUCCUCUAAAAGAGGACGUCGGAAGCAUGGCAAGCAUUAACUCGGCAAGUGCGUGCGGUCUAGAUAUGCCGCGAGUGAGUGUAGUUCGACCGCUAUCGUCAAUGCUACCGACCGAAGGAUCGAGUGAAAUGUUGGAAAUGAUCUCCGAAGUGGAAUGUCCGGGUAACAGAAAAACGAUGCUGGUUCUGCCGGGUACCAGCGCUUCCGAAACGACGCUAAAACUGAGCGAAAGCAUGACUUUGGAUGGAUUAAGUCCAGCCCAUAGAAGUAGUCAAAUAAUGCUGUACAAAGCUCAAAAUCCGGACGUGCGGAAAAACACGGCCCCGUUCGACGACUCGUCAGGGCACAAAGACUUUAGUAAAAACAUUAUUAAUGUAAAUAAACAGAGGACAUUACAACAGAAUACUAGUGCUAGUGCGGACGUGCUUACCGUUCUCGUUUAGAGGGCCAGUUUACAUAUAGGCGAAUUUUAGAUCGUAUUUGUCGCAGGUUUAAACCUUGUUAAUCUAGUACGAUGAGCAGUUACUUAGAGUAUCUACUAUUGUAAACCUUAAAUUCGUGUUGUGCAAUCUUUGGACCUAGGAAAGGAAAGUGUGCGAAACUUAAUUAACAAGCGCAAUUGACGUAUUUUACAGUAAACAACUUCCUGACUAUGGCAAGAGUUUAGGUUUUACAUUAUUUUCAUAUAAGAUUUUAUAAUAAAUAGGUAUAAUAAAAAAUGUCUACACUAGUAUUCAUUCUAGUGACCGAAUAAAUUUGAAGUUAAGUUCCACCUUUUUUAGUAGUUAAAUGGACUGAAAGGAAGGAAAUAUUCAAAUCUGUUUAACACACUUCACACUUUUGACCAUGAUUUUGAAACUUCUAUCAUUUUAAUUUUAUCAAAGUUAAAGUAGCAUUUAUUAUCAAUAUUACACACAACAGAUUUGAGUGUUUUCCUAAAUAAUCUUAUCUAAAUUAAGUUUAAUAACUGACCCUCUUGGUUAGUAAACAAAUCACUUUGCGAUGUUUCGCCUUUUUUAAGUGGAGUUUGAUCUCGUGUCCAAGAACCAGGUGACGAUUACGCAGAAAAACGUUAUUUAAAAUAAAUAGUGUGAUAUUAUUUAAUAUUUCAAAUUUUGUUUUUAUACUUGUUAGAUGUUUAAAAACUUUUUAUUUAAAUUUAUUAAGUCUGCAAUUCGGAUUAAACGUGUACAUACGACUUGUUUUUAUUUGUAUUUAUUGUAUCAUUGUUCCUGAUUUUUUUAUGCCUUUUUAUUGUAAUUUUAGUUUUGUAUUUUUUGUUCGCGUUUUAUUUUUACGUUCCACGUGACCGUCUGUGAAACUGCCUAGAUUAAUAUUUAUUUUUUAUAGGUCCACUCUUUGUGUAAUAUCAAUUUGGAGACGUAUUUUUGUAAAUAUGUGUAUACCGACUAUAUGGGAAGCUUCAUUCGCUUUAAUUGAUCGAUAUUUUAGAGAAGUUCAAUCGAAAAAGCCGAUAAAUAUGUGCUAAAACUAAUUUAAUGAAGCGUCUCGUAUUUGCAGUAUUGUAUAGCGAAAAUAAGUGUAGAGAAAAAAUGUUUUGUUUUUUAAAGUUAUUAAGUUCCACAUUACAUGAUCAUUCCAUUUUCCGUAGUUAAAUGUAUAACUUUUAGAAAUAUUUUGUUAGGAUGACGAAAAUAGUACUUAUGUCUAAUAUAACAACUUUAAAAUAGUGCCUUUGUUGUGCCUGACCUCCAAUUGGACUUUUUUAUCAAUGAAUAUUUACAUUAGCUAUUAUCGAGAUAUUAAAAGUAUUAAAAGGAUUUUAUGCGGAUGUAACUGUAUAUUUUGUAAAAAAAGUAUAUUUUAUAGAAGGUCUGCAAACUUGCUUUGUAAUUAAAAAUAAAUCAGAUUAGAGCUUGUCAAU